GAACCAGCAGUGUUUUGUAACUAGGUAGUUGGUGAUUCAACGUCGCCAUUGCGCGACGUCCUACAAGUACACAUGUCAGAAUAAUUGUGCAGUUUUAAGACAAACGCAGUGACACAGUAUGGAGACGAGCAGUGCAGGCGCGGGCGUUGCGCGCAGCAUCGGCCGCGGGCACCUGUCGCACCUGCCGCAGCGGCCGCCCGUCACCCUCGCCUUCCACGACCUCACCUACAGCGUGCACGUCGGCACCGGUUCGAAAAUAAUCCUGCGCGGUAUCCACGGCGAGUUCAGGUCGGGCCAGCUGACCGCCAUACUGGGCCCCUCGGGCGCCGGCAAGAGCACGCUGCUCAACGUCCUCGCUGGCUACAGAGUGGAGGGAGCCGGCGGCCAUGUAUACACGAACGGAGAGCCGCGGGACCUGCGCCAGUUCAGGAAGCUGUCGCGGUACAUCAUGCAGGAGGAUCUGCUGCAGCCAUACAUCACCGUCCGUGAAGCGAUGGCCAUAGCCGCCGACCUCAAGCUCGGCGCCGCCAUCACCGGCCGGGAGAAAAUUGUUGUGGUGGAUGAGAUCAUACAACUGUUGAUGUUGAACAAAGCCAAAGACACAACGACAGAAAGACUCUCCGGCGGGGAGAGGAAGAGACUGUCCAUCGCCCUCGAGUUGCUCAACAACCCACCAGUUAUAUUUUUGGACGAGCCAACCACCGGUCUGGACGAGGUGGCGUCGUCGAUGUGCGUGUCGCUGCUGAAGCGGGUGGCUCGCGGCGGGCGCACGGUGGUGUGCUCGGUGCACACGCCGUCCGCGCGCCUGUUCGCGCACUUCGACCACGUGUACGUGGUGGCGGACGGCCGCUGCGCCUACCACGGCGCCGCCGCCGGCGUCGUGCCCUUCCUGCACUGUCUGCACCUGUCCUGCCCCACCACGCACAACCCGGCCGACUUCAUUAUAGAUGUAUCAUGUGGGGAGUAUGGCCCCCAGGCCGAUAAAAUGGUAGCCGCAAUAGAAAAUGGUCGGAGUCACCAGUGGAGAGACUACGCAGUCGCAGACAGCUCCCAGGAGUUGGAGCUGGAGCAGCUAAACUCUAGUGGUGUGGAAACAUGUAACCUCAAGCACGGGAGCACCUCGUGGCGACAGUUCCGCAUACUGUUACGGCGAAUGAUGUUACAGACUGUUAGAAAUAAGGGUUACAUAUGGCUGCGGGUGUGCUUACAUCUGUGUUUAGGCCUAAUAACGGGGCUCCUCUUCCAAAACAUGGGCUAUGAUGCCUCUAAGACUCUUUUCAAUUUUGGCUUUUGCUAUGCAUGUUUAAUAGCCAUGAUGUACAUACCUAUGAUGCCGGUGUUGUUGGCAUUUCCAAGAGAAGUCCAGUUAAUAAAGAGAGAAUAUUUUAAUAGAUGGUACGGUUUGAAGGCAUACUAUGCAGCGCUCGUUGUUUCCAGAACUCCUGCGACUAUAUUUUUCAGUCUCAUAUACUUGGCACUUAUAUAUCCCAUCACCUCGCAACCUUUGGAAUUGUCCAGAAUACUGAUGUUUUCUACUAUAAGCAUCACGGUGGCUUUGAUAUCGGAGUCCAUGGGAACAGCCAUAUCAUCCACUUUGAGUAUUGUUAAUUCGGUAUUUUUAGGCCCUGUGCUGAGUGUACCCUUAAUGUUAUUGGCCGUGUAUGGAUACGGUAGUGGGGAUCAGCCGCUUCCUUUCAUUUGGAGGAUAGUAAGAUCUAGUUCUUAUCUUCGAUAUGGAAUGGAGGGUUUAAUAGCUGCUAUCUAUGGGGAGAGGAAGGAAGAUCUCGUGUGUCCUGACGAUAAGGAUUACUGCAAGUAUAAGAGCAUCGUUACGUUUCUGAGACUCAUGGGCAUGUCGGGCGUGUCGUUCUGGUUCGACUUCGGAGUACUGGUGGUCAUCUUGUUGCUGAUGAACUUCCUCGGCUACUACCUGCUGCGGCAGCGGCUGUCGCCCAACUACGCGUACCGCAGUAUUAAAAUCAUUGGCAACUACGUCAAGACUAAAAUGAGCAUGUCUCAUCAGUGAAAAUAGUGUUGUAUGAAUUAAUAGACGAUUGGUUUUUGAUUAUAAGAAAUUAUAAUUAAUUAAUAAAAUAGUAUAAGUAUAUAUUUCUUAGAUGUAUAUUUCUUUCCUAUGUUGUAUAUAUUGUUACUUAUACGAAAAAUGUACAAUAUUUGAACUGAGCUAGCCAUAACUCGAAUUAGUUAAUUUUAAAUUUUCGUUUCGUUGUUUAACUUGUUGUUGUUUACACAUAUUUUAAAUACAUAAUCGGGAUUUAAGGCGAUAUAAAAACCUUUACAGGUAAAUAGUACCAGUUUCUUUAUUGCUACGAUAAUUUGUUUAAACGCAGUAUGGAUAAUAGUGGUGACAGUGUGAGGAUACCUGAGGAGACUGCGCGAGGUGCUAGACGAAGACGCUGCUCAUUUCAGCCCUGUCAUGACUGCGACGUGGUGCAAUCCACAUCGAAACGUCGGUAACAAAGAAGGAGGUAUGUAGGUACUAUUUACCUGUCAAGGCUUUUACAUCGUGUGAAGUCCCGACUGUGUAUUUAAAAUAACUCGAAUUUUCAAGCAAUGUAAUAUAUUGUAUAGUUUUGUGUUACAAUUCCUCUUUACUUGCGUGGGUAUAUAAAUAUAUUUUUUAAUUAUGUAAAUUCAAAGUAUAUGGCUUUGGAAUUACAAAACUAAUAAAUCCUAAAUUUUUAUUCUUGGACGGCUUUG